AGGAUACCGUUUCACCACCGCACGCGACCUUUUUCCUUUCUUUCUGUCUUUCUUUCUUUCUUUCUGUCUUUCUUUCUUUCUUUCUUUCUUUCUUUCUUUCUUUCUUUUAGGAUGGGCGUAAUUUUUUCUCUGCCAAUAUUUUCUUUGAUCAGGGUUAGGAAUGAUGUCGUCUGCUUCUUUGUCGUAUCCGGCUGGUUCUUUUCAUUACUAUAAGGCACCUGGGCAAAAGUAAGUCCUUUUCUCUUCUGACCAGAAAUUUGAUGAGGUUCAUUCUGUUCUUUCCUUGUGUAUAUUGCCAACAAGGCUGACUGGUGAUUGUGCCUUACUGAUUGUGCAUACAGUGAGGACUUGGUGAGUGCUUUCCCCCUGGUCGACCCUAGUAUUUUGACUAUUUCAUUGCUCUUUACUCACAAAGAAUUCUAUGCCAGGUUUCGCUAAAUUCGACAAUGGAGCUUUUUGCUUCUCAGUCGGAGACGGUGACUAUUCUGAAGUCUCAGUAUGAGGAUCUUCUUUGUCUAGCACAGCAAUUUGAGAAUCUCAAAGGGAGUCUUUUGAGAGGAGGCGUCAGUACAGAGGAUCUCGAUGUCCUAGUCCACGGCACGCUCGCUCCCCACGCAGUCGACGAAAAGCACGCCCAGAAUCCGUACAAUCGCAGCUAUCAGCCUUCCAAUGGCGUGUCCCUAUCUACACGGAUCCGGCCCUUUGAGUCUGCAUCGACCAACACUGGGCCAAACCACUCUCACUCCCACGAAGAAAGUAUCCAAGACUACGACGACGAUGCCCUCGACGAAGUAGAAUCCCAAACACCGCCCGACCAAUUUAACGACAACGAACAACAAACCAUCGAAAUCCGCAACUUGCCCGAACGAUGCACCUACCUCGACAUCACAAAAUCCAUUCGGGGAGGAGCUCUGGUACAAAUCUACCUACGCUACACAGAACGCAUAGCUCGCGUCUCAUUCGUAGAAGCAGCUGCAGCACGCGAAUUUCUCGCUCGCGGGAAACGGGCUGGGGUUUAUAUUCGGAAUCAAAAGGUCGACCUAUCGUGGAGCAACAGCCAAUUCAUCCUCCGCCCUUACAUCAAACAAUCCAUCCUCCACAACGGCGCAACCCGCAACCUAAUCAUCCACAACGCCAACCCAAACAUCACCUCAGCCCUAAUCCGUGAACAUCUCGAACACAUCCACAAUCUGAUCAUAGUCGACAUCAGAUUCAAUCACAGCAAUAGCAGUGUCUGCAUAUGCACGAAUUCGGUGCACAAUGCCAUGUUUGCACGGUCUUGUAUGAGGUCUAGAGCGGCUUAUAAGGGGAUGAGGAUUGAUUUUGGGGUUGAUGAGUGUGCGGCACCUUAUUCUGAGUUGUCGGCCACUGCGGCAGAGUAUCAUGUUUCUGCAUCGACGCAGGGGAGGGUUUGGGGGAGGCGUGAUUUGCAGAAACAAGGGACCAGAGCACGCUCGGUAUCGAAUCGAUUCGGUCUUUUGAGUCUUGAAUCCGACGGUGGUACUGAUUCUGAGGAGGAAGAGUCAAGGUCAGAUUCUUGAUUUUCGUUUAAACAUGAUCAACACGGUGUUAUGAAUCGGUUGGGUUGUAUGUUACCAGUGAAUAUCCUUUUUCCAUUCUUGAAUGUCUGAGUAUGCAGUUACAUGUGCUUUAUAAUAUAUGAGUUAUCCUAAUUUCCUCUUUGCAUUCUCCCUGGACGUCUUACGAUUCUUCUAUCUACUUCGAUCGAGCUCUUAGAUAGACCAAUCGAUCACGACCUAGCUUACUC